UAUUUUUAUAACUUUAGCAGCAGAGUUAAGUGAGCAAGAGUGUCACCGUCGUUUACAUUGCAUAACAUUGCUGUCAGAGAGAUCAGUGCAAAAAUGGAUUCUGAAACGAAAGAAAGAAUCGAGGAAACUGUUCGCAGGAUUUUGCAAGAAUCGGACAUGGACGAGGUUACUGAGCACAAGAUUCGAAAGCAGGCCUCUCAACAACUUGCCCUCGACCUUUCUCUGCCCCAUUUCAAAGCCUUCGUCAGACAAGUUGUGGAGGCUUUUCUCCAAGAGAAGCAACAACAGCAGCAACAAGAAGACGAUGAUGAUGAUGAUGAUGAUGAAGAAGAAGAAGAACAACAACAACAACAAGGAGUUUCCAAGGGCAAGGAGUACAAUGACGAUGGCGAUCUCAUCAUUUGCAGGCUUUCAGAUAAGAGAAAGGUGACGAUUCAGGAUUUCAGAGGGAAAACGUUGGUCUCCAUUCGGGAGUAUUAUAAAAAGGAUGGCAAGGAGCUUCCUACUUCCAAAGGAAUAAGUUUGACAGAGGAGCAGUGGUCAGCCUUUAAGAAGAAUGUGCCUGCCAUAGAGAAAGCCAUCAAGAAAAUGGAGUCACGCUAUUAAAGUAUUCAUACCUAAUAUCAUGGACAUACUAAGUUGACGUCUCAGCUCACGAAUGAUGUGAUGUGGCUUUGCUUGUUUCUUUUUGGGGAUAUCCUGCAACAUGGUUCCCUUUUGAUACUGGACCAUUUUGUUAAAUUAAAGGACUUGAUGUCACUGUGAAUCAUGUAUGUUUAAGUGCUCUGCAACCGCGUAGAGCCAUUUUAGGAUGACUCCUGAGCAAGUCUAAACUGAAUACAUUAUUAUGCUAUUUCCUUCAAUAUCGUGUUAACUCAGUUUCUGAAGUUGUCUCAGCAUUUGCUAGAUACAAGCUUGUUUCC